UGUACACCUAAGGAUCAAAAUGCGUCUUGAAAGAUCAAUUUGGACAUUUUUUAAUCGUGUUUUCUUAUUGUAGAUUCAGGUCCCUCUUUACUAACCCUCCAGAUAACUUCCCUCUAGCAAGCACCGAAAAACAUCACUGACAUAAAUACUAAAUAAUAAAAAAUAUAUUUUUUAUUAAAGAAAAUAAAACUAUUUGCAAAAAUCAUCGAUUGGGAAGACAAAUAUUAGGAGCCAAGCAUUGUUUAGUGGGAGUUGGUUGUGAUUUUCACCUGAAAGCGCCCGAGAAUCUGACGCCCGUGGACCAUCUCACCUGAUCCCUGGACCCCACCCCCACGGACCAAUUUUUUUUUUCUCUCCUAUGCCAAAAAAAUAUUAUAUAAUUUUUUUUCCUCCAAACGGAAAAGGAAAAGAAAAAAAGGUUAAUGCAACGGUUCCCCGGCAAACACCUCCUUAUUUCACAACGCACAUAAUAAUAAUCCCUCCGCAACUAAUCGCACCAAAAAGGAAGAACAAAAAGAAAACAGAAAAAGAAGGGAGAGAAAAUGGUGGUGACGACGGCGAAUGAUGUGGCGUUUGGAGAUUGGAGCGAGACGAGGACGUGCGUGGUUCUCGGAGGCCGAGGAUUCUUAGGGAGAACGCUCGUCACCAGGCUGCUGCGACUCGGAGGCUGGAUCGUCCGUGUGGCCGAUUCAUCCUCUCACUCUCUGCAGCUCGAUCCUUCCUCCGCUUCCGACUCUCUCCUCUCUGAUGCUCUCUGCUCUGGUCAAGCCUCCUUUUGCCAUGUCGAUGUUCGCGAUACAUCUCAAAUCAUCAAAGUAACUAAAGGUGCAGAUGUUGUAUUUUACAUGGAACCAACUGAUUUAGACACACAUGAUUUCUGUAAUUGCUACAUGAUCAUAGUUCAAGGUGCAAAAAAUGUCAUUAAUGCAUGCCGAGAAAGUAAAGUUAGGCGACUUGUAUACAACAGUUCUGCAGAUGUUGUUUUUGAUGGUUCACAGGAUAUACUUAAUGGUGAUGAAUCCUUCACUUGCCCAGGGAAAUUUCAGGAUAUGCUGAUUGACCUCAAGUUUCAAGCAGAAGGAUUAAUCAGGUUAGCUAACAAUAUUGAUGGUCUUCUAACAUGUGUGCUUCGCCCUAGCAACGCCUUUGGACCCGGUGACACACAAUUGGUGCCUUUGCUAGUCAAUCUAGCCAAAUCUGGUUUGGCAAAGUUUGUUGCAGGAAGUGGUGAAAAUAUGUCUGACUUUACUUAUGCAGAGAAUGUUGCUCAUGCUCAUAUCUGUGCAGCAGAAACUCUAGAUUCUCGGAUAGUUUCUGUGGCUGGAAAGGCCUUUUUCAUCACGAAUCUUGAGCCUGUAAUGUUCUGGGAAUUUGUCUCUCUCAUUCUUGGAGGCUUAGGGUAUCAAAGACCAUUCAUAAAAGUUCCUACUUGGAUGGUAUCCUAUAUUCUCUCACUUCGUCAAUGUAUAAAUGACAAAUUGCGCUUUAGAAAAUAUUCUGUGUCACCUCACUACAUUCUUCAAUUAGCUUCACAUACCAGAACUUUUGACUGCUCUGCAGCUCAAAAGCAUCUUGGAUACUCACCUGUUGUCUCCCUAGAAGAUGGUGUCAAGUCAACCAUCGAAUCAUUCUCUCAUUUAGCCAAAGACUCAUCAUUUAUGACAUACAGCAAUUUUAAUGAACAAUCCAAAGCAGAGAAGCUGCUAGGCAGUGGGAUAGUUGCAGAUGUCUUGCUGUGGAGAGAUGAAAAGAGAACAUUUACAUGCUUCCUUACUCUGGCUUUGGUAUUUUACUGGUUCUUUCUCUGUGGAAGUACUUUUAUGUCAUCUACAGCCAAGCUUCUGCUGCUAGUUACAGUCUUUCUUUAUGGAUAUGGCAUUUUAUCAUCAAAUAUAUGUGGUUUUACUGUUGAAAGGAUAUCUUCAUCUUGUUUUGAAAUCCCAGAAUCAGCCGUUAAAAAUUCAAUCAGAUCCAUGUCAUAUAUGUGGAAUAGAGGAGCACGUAACAUCAGAUUAUUGGCCAAGGGGGAGGAUUGGGGCAAGUUUUUCAAGGUUGUGGUUUUUCUUUAUUUCGCCAAGUUGAGUCUGUCUUAUUCCUUGGCUGUGCUUAUUGGCAUUGCUCUGGUUUUUGCCUUCACCGCAUUCUUUGUUUAUGAACAAUAUGAAUCAGAGAUUGAUGGAAUAGGGGAGGUUCUCUUCUAUGGUAUCAUGGAAUCAAAAGGAUUGUUAUUGAGGACCCUGCCAGCUUCCAUCACAUCAUUUCUUCAAAACUACAACAUUUUGCAUGAAGAAAAAGCUCCUGCUGUGGUGAAGGAGUGGGAAUAGCCGGAUCAAGCGCUUGCAGUAUUUUAAUUUUCGUUACUAAUCGGCUCUAUCUAAUCGGCUUUAUCGCUGUUAGACUUGCAUCAGACUAUAGAAAUCGUUUUCCUGGCAAAAUAGAUGGGGUCAGUAGUUAUACGAGUAACACAUGUCAAAUGUGCUAGAAAAAAAUACUUGACAUUUGAUUAGCUAUAGUUCAUCUUUAAAGCUUCAUGUUACCUGAAAUAUUUCAUCCGUUGAAAUGUGGUUACUGGCCAAUAGUAGCUGUUAUGAAACUGUAUUCCACCAGUGUCGACAAGAUUCCGGAUUUCAGAUCAAAGCUCUGGCUGCUUUGUAUCCAGCAUUUUCGUUUUUCGCCCAUCCUCUAUGGCAGUGGUGGCAUUGCACAUCAGGAUCGUUUGAUUCCAUGUUUUUGCAAAAGAAAGCAUUGAGGGCAUUUGGAAGCUUGCCAUUCUGUUCCUAGACACGGCCUGCAAUGCUGAAGGUAAACUGGACAGGAUGGAAAUUGGUGGCUGC